AAAACUAAUUGAAAGAAAUUACUUUUAAUAGGGCACUCAAGUGAAAACUGUUUUAUGUGAUUUACUGUUAAUAAAAAGUUCCCUGUCCAUUCUGCUUUAUUGUAGGCAAUUCUUUUGCCCCUCCUCCUCCCCCAUAUGCACCUCCACCUGACUCCCAGAUGCCAGAACAGCGUUUCCAACAAUCCACAGCAAUAACAGAGGACCAAGCUCGUGAUGCCAUGUUACAGUUUGUGAGCGAGCAUUGUUGUUAUGGAAAAGCCCCAGCACAAGAAAUGGUGAUUAAGGAUGUCAUUCCUUCAAGUGCAUAUCAUUACUCUCUGACAAGCUUCUGUGAAUCACGAAAAACUGAGUGGAAGUUUGAACCAUACAGAGGUCAACCGAUUGACAGCCCAGUGAAUGGUCCAGCUCCCCCGCCAUGGGCCAUUCCUGCACAGCCGCCACAGAUGUUUUCUGACUUUCAGACCAAAAUAGAAGUUCCUCACACUGCUAAUAUCAAGCCAUGUCAUGAUUGUAUGGCGGUUGGAUACAAGCGCUGCUACAGAUGCUGCGGACGUGGAAGGUUGCGAUGUUCCAGGUGCCAGGGUUCUGGUCUUGUGGAAGGAAUCCGGUUUGAUGUACUACCAGCCUUGCAUUUAGUUUUGAUUAAUAAACAAUUACUGUUUGUCGACAGUUGUGACGUUUGUAAUGGACAUGGUCGAAUCAAGUGCCCCACUUGUCUGGCACAAGCGCAGUUGAAAACUUUCAUUGAAAUGACUGUAAAAUGGGAAAAUCACGUAUCCAACCAUGUUGUGGAGAGAACAGAUCGUUUGCCUGCAGAACUCAUUGUCAAAUCCGAAGGAACUGAGAUAUUCAGCCAAGAACUGCCCAGGGUCUGGCCUAUCAUUAACUUUUUUGACCAGCAAGUCAACAUAGGCUCCAAAAAGCUGGUGGACGAGCAUAGUAACAAGUGGCCCUCCAAACGCAUUCUGCUACAGCGUCAACUAUUGCGAGCUGUGCCUGUGUCUGAGAUUCAUUACCAAUGGAAAGAGAUGUCCAGCCGCUUCUGGGUGUGCGGGCAUGAUCACAAAGUGUACGCACCCGACUACCCUCAGCAGUGCUGCUGUGGAUGCAGUAUUCUGUAGAGAGUUUCUCGACCUAGGAGCAGCAAGCAUAUAGAAAUUAUAAUACAAUAGGUUUUCAGAAUUUUUGUAAGUGAUAGGUUUUAUAGGUUUCCCAUGACCGUACAUGAUACAAUAGAGGAAUUUAAGACAAGUUAAAACAUGUAAUCUGAGCCAAGUGCGGGAAAAUUCGCAUGCAACUAACCCCGCAACUAACUUAAGUUUCGUUUUAGUAUUAACACCGUAUUUUACCAAUAGAUUUAUCAAAAUUUAGUUUACAAAAUAGUUGGAAUUUGUAAUUCCAAGCCAGAUUAAAAAUGAAGUUAGCGGCUCGUAAAACGAGCAGAUUAUGUAUUAGGAACUAUCAAAUAUUAGGUUAUCGUUUCUUUUUUACAAGCCUUAUGGUCAAGAAUUAUUGUAUCGUCAAUAUAACGUAAAGCACAAUAAAUGCUCGAACGUUAAAAUCAAUGUCUACUGUUCAACUCUCCUAAG